AUGAAAAAUAUUCUUAUAACAGUUUUAUUAGUAACAAUAGUUACUGCAAGUCUAAGAGGAUCAGGCCGAAAGGAACAUGGUCAUCACAGAGAUCAGUACUCAGAAAGAUAAGGAACCUAUUCAAAUUUGGGUGAAGAAGAAUAUAUUGCUUAUGCUAGUGAAGAUGGAUACACACUUUACGAUAGUGGCGAUAAUUAUACCCUUUACGACAAUCACAACAGUGACGAAAAUGACGAUAUAUAUAAUCAUAAUGACAGUGAAGAUAAAUAUACACUUUACGAUAGUGAUGAUAAAUAUACUCUAUAUGACAGUGAAGAUUCAUAUACUCCUUACAUAGUUUAUGAUAGUGAAUCUAGUAGCUCAUCUAGUAGCUCAUCUAGUAGUUCAUCUAGUAGUUCAUCUAGUGAUAGCAGCUCAGAUAGCGAAUCUGAGUCUUAGGAAUUUGAACAUAGAAGAAAUGAAAGAGGACACAAAUUUGAAAGAAGAGGACCUAGAGGAGGACCUAAAAGAGGACCAAGAGGAGGACCUAGAGAAGGACCAAGAGGAGGACCAAGAGGAGGACCUAGAGGAGAACCAAGACAAGGUAGAGAAGGACCUAUAGAAGGACCAAGAGGAGGUAGGUUCCAUAAUAGAGACCAAUAAAACAAUAAUAAAAAUUGUACAAGACCUCAUAGACCUUAAGAUGAAUUCUCAAGACAAGUAUUCUAGAAUUUAAGAAAAACUGGAUAAGUGAUUUUAGAUGAAUGGAACCCCACUGAAGACCCAUCACUUAAAAAUGAGAUCAGAGCUGUUUUAAUUGGAAAUUUAGAAAACUUGUUACCUGUUGCUGAAGUUCUAAUUCCCACAGAAGUUGCUUCUGGACCUGCUGAGCCAAUUAAUGUAGUCUAAAGAUAGCAUCACUCACAUCCUCAUCCACCUCCUCCUCCUCCUCCAUAACCAGAGGAUGAGUUCGCUAGAUAGGUUUUCGAAACUCUUCACUAGAUUGGAUUCGAAAUUCUUGAAUAAUGGAGAAUAGAGUAGGAUGUAGAAGUUAAAAAUCAAAUUAGAGCAAAUUUGAUCUAAUAACUUAGUGAUCUUAUCCCAGCUCAAUCAUCAGAAGUAUCAACCACCAUUUUAGAUAACCCACUUUAACUUGAAAUUGAAUAAGUUAAUCCAACUCCAAGAUUAGCUGAUGAAAAUGGAAAUUGA